GCUGCUGUCCAGACACAGAUCAUGAGUGGCGGAUAUGAUCUCAACCUCUUCGCCAGCCCUCCCGACUGCAACUUCCUGUGCUCUGUGUGCCACGGGGUUCUCAAGAGGCCAAUGAGGUUGCCAUGCAGCCAUAUCUUCUGCAAGAAAUGCAUCCUCCGGUGGCUAGCCAGACAGAAGACCUGUCCAUGCUGCAGGAAAGAGGUGAAACAGAAAAAGAUGGUCCAUGUAAAUAAACUCCGGAGGACUAUCGGCCGCCUGGAAGUCAAGUGCAAGAACGCGGAAGCUGGCUGCUUGGUGACGUGCCCCCUGGCCCAUCGAAGGGGGCACCAGGACUCAUGCCCUUUCGAGCUGAUGGCCUGCCCCAAUGAGGGCUGCACGGCACGGGUGCCACGUGGGGCCCUGGCUGAGCACUGGCAGCACUGCCAACGUGGGGCCCAGCAGCGCUGCCCACUGGGCUGUGGGGCCGCCCUGGGCCCGGUGGAGCGUGCACGCCACAACUGGUACCGCGAGCGGCGCGACGCCUGGACCCAGCGUCAGGAGCGCAGCCGGACCCUGGUGCGGGGCCUGCUGCGGCGCAUGCGCAAAGUGCACCGCACCACCAAUCUCAUCCGCAGGCAGCUGGCCCAGCUCGGAGACUUCCUGGAGGAGGACGACGCGCUGCUCGUGGGCGCCCCGCAAGGGGAGACCGAGGCCACCCCAGAAGGCAGCAUUGGGGCCGAGGUGUGGGGGGCCCAGGGCCAAGGUACCUUGUAAACAGAGGGGUAAAUAAACGCAGAGCCCAGGCCUGGCCCGCCCUGCCACCUCUGUGCUUGCCGGCCUCAUAGCUUUAUCCCAUUUGCCACACACACACACAC